UAAUUCAGGUGGAGUUCCUUCUGUCUUGUGCUAAGCCAGCAUCGAAUCAAGCUACGAUCUAUGAUUUUAGAAUUACAGCUGCGGAGAACCACGCAAUCGGCGAACCGAAGUUCUCAGAUCUCGUCGACGCAAAUCGAGCAGAUUUAUUGUAUCCUUAUUAUAUACGUAAUUUAGAGAUAAAGAAAAGAGAGGCAUAGAUUUAGAGAGAGAGAGAGAGAGAGAGAGAGAGAGAGGUAGUGAUGCUAGAUCCAGCAAAUGACUUGCUCCCGCAACCCUCUUCUCCAACAAUCUCCUCACUUUCUUCGUCAGAUCUGGACACUGAGUCGACGGGCUCGUUUUUCCAUGAUCGGAGCACCACGCUUGGGACUCUCAUGGGGGUGACCUUCCCUGCAAUUGCUUUCAGGCCAGUAGUCUCUCAGCGCCGGGAAGAAGGCAAUGCUGCCUCCUCCGCCGGCGGUGAAGCCCCCCCUGCCUCCGGCGGCGGCGGAAGGCGAAGGCCGGCGCUGGUGGCUGUGGCUGAGCGCCGGAGGCGGAGGUGGUGGAGGCUCUGCAGGGAUGACCAAUCGAGGCGGUCGUCGCUGGCCGAGUUCCUCGAGGUCGAGCGGAGGUUCGGCGACGCAGCUUUUUUCGGUGCGACUGCGGAGCUUCAAGGAGUAGUAGAUCAGCCGCGGAAUGGGCGGCUGUUGUUCGCCGACGGGAGGGUCUUGCCGCCACCACAAGUUGAGGAGACGCCGCCGUCUACGGCCUCAGGGACUCUCUGUAGAUUCCCGGUGUCGCUUACCGGGAUCUGCAGCGGUGGUGUCGGAUAAAAGUCCAUCCCUUUUUUGUUUUUGUUUUCUUUCAGUAGCUCGUCGAUGAGACUGAAAGUGGAUUAAUUUAAACUGCCGAUGAAAAAUGCUUUACAUGUUGGUUUCUGUAUUUUUUUCUUUUUUCCAUUUUAGUCCUAAUUAUUUGUUUCAUAAUAAAAUUGAUGUUAAUCUACUUAA